AUGACAGCAAGUUCCAAGGCACGGGAACACGAAUUAAGUGAUGUCAAGCCCUCGCCGUUCAAAUCGCAUUUUCCUGGAAAAUUGUCAUCGAAGAGUUUUACAACGGAACACGGGUUGAUUGAUGUGAAGCCCACACUACCAAAAUUCCGUGAUGAAAUAACCGAUGAUCACCAAGAAUGGAGGAUUCCUUUUUUCAAGUCUGGCUCUCGGCGCAGAGGCGACACUUGGAUCAUUUCAGUCUUCGUAAUCCUACACACUGGGGUUUUCAUAGCUACCAUGCUCGUCAAUGACUGCUGGACUAACUCCCACGGCGAUUGCAUUCUCAAAGACCUCGGAAGAUUAUCGUUUCAGCCUCUUUCUGAGAAUCCCCUGCUCGGUCCUUCCGAGUCCAAGUUAGAUGAAAUGGGAGCUCUUCGACGAAUCUUCUUGACUGAAUAUCGGCAAACUUGGCGUCUUUUCACAUUUCCAGUCUUGCAUGCUGGAGCCAUCCACCUUGUCAUCAAUAUUUGUAGUAUGAUUUUUGUGGGAAUUCACCUAGAGCAGGAGUUUGGACCCCUAAGGAUUGGGAUAAUCUAUAUACUGUCUUCUUUCGUGGGUUCCUUGGUGGCUUCUCUCUUCAUCCAAAACAUUCCAGCUGUUGGUGCCUCCGGUGCAUUAUAUGGAUUAUUGGGAUCCAUGCUUUCAACGCUUAUUUGGAACUGGAAAUAUUCCACCAAUAAGAUUGCAGUUAGUGCACUGUUAGUCUCUGUGUUUGUGUUCAAUUUCGCCCUUGGCUUGCUGCCUUACGUAGACAAUUUUUCAAGCAUAGGGGGUUUUAUAUCUGGUUUUCUUCUUGGAUCUGCACUUCUCGUCAGCCCUCAGCUAGCUCCAGAUAAAGCAGGCCUCAUUGAUUACGGCCUCAAAAGUUGCGUCAAAUUAAAAUUGAAGAAAAAUCUGGACAGACCAAUUAUGAGAAUUCUUUCUCUCGUUCUCCUUAGCCUAAUAGUUGCAGGAUGUGCUGUCGCAAUUCAUUUUGGUAUAAACAUUAGCGACUAUUGCGCGUGGCUCCAAUAUGUUGACUGUGUUCCUUCUAGAAGGUGGCAUUGCCAAAACAUAGAAACCUCUUGCGAGACCAUGGUGAACGAUGCGCAGUUGACAUUGACUUGCAUGAGGAAUGGCAACUUCCGGAUCUUUCCUUAUACCAAUAUUUCUACGGCAAGAAAGAACGAUUUGUGCACUAUGAUAUGCCUGUAA